GAGAAGACUACAACUCCCAUGGUGCCACAGAUUAAACCAGGAUUUGCGGCACCACGAGCCUCGCAGGUGACGUACAGCAGAGAGCAGCAGAGCCGAGAACAGCACAGCAUGAUGAGUAACGAUCCCGGAAGUUUUUUGCAACAGCUGAGGCAGAUUGUCAGCAGGAUGGGGUCUGGCCCACGAGGGACAAGGCUGGGUGUGAAGCUGCUCAUUGGAGCCGGCGCUCUUGCCUUUGGGUUCAAAGAAGCCACAUACACAGUGGAGGGUGGCCAGAGAGCCGUUAUCUUCAACAGAAUUGGAGGGAUGCAGAUGGACACUGUGCUAGCAGAAGGAUUGCACUUCAGAUUGCCGUGGUUCCAGUACCCCAUCAUCUAUGAUAUUCGAGUUAGGCCCAGGAAGAUUUCAUCCCUCACUGGAAGCAAAGAUCUUCAGAUGGUAAACAUUGGUCUUCGUGUGCUGUCUCGACCCAUUGCCUCCAAAUUGCCAAUCAUGUACCAGCAGCUGGGGAAAGACUAUGAUGAGCGUGUGCUUCCUUCUAUUGUCAAUGAGGUGUUGAAGAGUGUGGUGGCCAAGUUCAAUGCCUCCCAACUGAUCACACAGAGAGCUCAGGUGUCACUACUCAUAAGGCGAGAUCUAAUCGAAAGAGCUAAAGACUUUAACAUCAUCCUGGAUGACGUGGCCAUCACAGAGCUCAGCUUCAGCAAAGAGUACACCGCUGCUGUGGAGGCCAAACAAGUCGCCCAGCAGGAGGCCCAAAGGGCUCAGUUCUAUGUAGAGAAGGCCAAACAAGACCAGAGACAGAAGAUUAUACAGGCUGAGGGUGAAGCUGAGGCUGCUAAAAUGUUGGGUCAAGCUGUUAUGAAGAACCCUGGUUACCUAAAACUCAGACGUAUCAGAGCAGCCCAAAAUAUUGCCAAAACGGUGGCAGCUUCUCAGAACAAGGUGUACCUGAGUGCAGACAGCCUCAUUUUGAACCUCCAGGACCGUUCUUUCAACAAGCCGUCACUGGGGAAAUGAGGAGCAUCAUCCAUCAAGAACAUAUGCAUUCUAUAUGUUAGCAGUGUUUGCUGAGCAACUAUAUUUAUGCUACUUUCCUAAACGUGAUUGUGAGCAGAGCCCCUCUCACAGCACAGUUCUGCUAGGGCUCAGAUAAGACAUGGGUCCGGCAGCCUUACAUAUUCACAUGUACCUGUUUAUACAUAGUGAUUCAGUCAUUCAGGACUAUUUUCUGGCACAUUCAGCUCAACAGUUUGAUUUUUGGUAUUAGAUAGCUUUAAAUACUAAUGGUGAUCACAAAAUAUACACUGGAAAUGAUAAAUGGUAACUUGUUCAUGUAUUCCUGAAUGUCACUAAAAAGACACACAAAUAAGAUUCUGACUAGGGCCAGUAACUAAAAAGCUUAUUGCUGAUUGUUUGCAGAACAUAAUGCUUUGUUUUUUUUCCAUUUUUUAUUAUUAUUACUAUAAUCAUUUAAUUUUCUAAAUUUCUCCAUCUUCAUUUCCACUUUAUAAAGUGCUUGUUGACAGAUACUAAAGUGCUUACAGAGAGAUUGAUUAAAUUAUGUGUUUUCAAAAACUA